AUGUCCUCGCCACCAUCCGUUCGGCCGUAUCGAUCAAAGCGUCAUCGGCCGUGUGACCAAUGCCGGGUACGGAAACUAGGUUGCCAGACUGAUGAUGGUAUCCCUUGUCAACGAUGCCGAGCUGCCAAGCUAGAUUGUACAUUCGAUAACCCGCCGCCAAAAAGAGCGCGUCUCUCGGGAUCACUGUCGUUUGCCGUUCCAAGUGUUGACGAACUACCGGUCACAUCGCAUGCCGAAGAGAACAUCUUCACUCGUGACUUUUCCAACGCUGAAAGCCCAUCUGGUAGUAUUGGACCUGCAUACUCAUCGCUUGACUUCGGCCAUGUUGGCGAGCCAUCGCCGGCCUCUGAAAUACUACUGGCUGCUCGGCCAGCCACGCAAUUUGUUCAGAGCAUUGAUCGACUAGAGCACGGUUAUGCUCAGUUGUUCGGAGCAUCCUCUGAAUCAGACCCCUGGCUGCUAAGACACUACCGGUUCGAUGAUGCGGGCAUGAAAUACUUUUACAGGGUACACUAUCGCAAUGCCGGAGGAGUGCCUACCGCACAGCGAAUACCAGUCCAUUUCAUGGUAUCGUCCGAGGAGCUUUCGUCUGCAACCAAGCAGGAAACAAAAGCAGGCAACGGGGAAGUUACCCGGGAGCAUCUCGACUGCUUAGUGCCUCCAGAAUAUGGCAGAAGACUUGUCGCAUUGUUUGUCAAGUAUGUGUUCCCUGCUUUGCCAGUCAUAUCGCGUUCGCAGCUAGGGUUGACCACAACGUCAUACCAGCUCCCUGAGUUGUCUGCAUUAGCAAAAGUACCGGUCCAUCUCCUCGCAGCUGUUUAUGCAUCUGCAUUCCAAUUUGUCGGUCAUGAUGACUAUCUCUGUGUCCUAAUUACGUACCACAACUCACCAGUACAGAGGCUCUGGCGCAUGGUGUACGAAACAGUGACCGAAGAGAUACAUAGCCCUCGCCUGGCCGUGCUCCAGGCCGCGCUACUAUAUCUUCACCAACAGCCGAUAGAUGAAACCCGCUACACGACCGCCGACACUCCAUUCACUUGGUCCUUCGUGGGGCAAAUCGUCGGCCUAGCAUGCUCGCUCGGCGUCCACAUUGAAUGCCGUAUGUGGGGAAUCCCGGCCUGGGAGAAGCGUUUGCGGCGUCGCUUGUGGUGGGCCGUGUAUGCCGAAGAUAAAUGGCGCAGUCUAUUGAUGGGGCGGCCGCCGUAUAUUCACUCGGCUGAAUGGGAUGUUAGUGAGUUAGAUGAAGGGGAUUUUCUCAUUGGCCCCCGGCAGGGUUUCUCGACAUGUUCGUCCGACACCGAGAUUCCAUUUCGGUAUAUGGUGAACCUUGCUCAAAUCGCUCAACAGAUCCAAGAAACAUUCUAUACACUUAGAGCAUCCGAAGUUCUCAACGCAGACUUCGAUUCUUCAGCUGAGCUCGGCCAAGGCCUACUGGAGCAGCUCAACUCGUGGUAUUCUUCUCUGCCGGACAAUUUCCGUCUCCCAAACUGGAGUAAGUCAGUUCAGGGGCUGGCGCCUUACCCGACAUCAAUACACUUUGCCUAUCUCUUGCUGGUGGUUUAUGUGUACCGGGCGAUGCUUCGACCUAUGGCGCGAUCCUCGAGUCCACCUAUGAUUUUUGAUUUGGAGGAAAUGACGACCAACUCCCCACUGCCCGUAGAUGAUCCCGCUUUGGAUCUUCCCGAUAUCUCAGGCAUUGAGUCAUUGCCCGAUAUUUCUAUAUCAGACGAAUGUGGAACCGGCGAGAUCGUUCUACACGGAGCCGAGAAAUGUGCCACCAUCUUGGUGAACUUCACCCGGCGCUUGACACCCAGCGAUUUUACAGGAUUUUGGUAUUCAUGGUCACGCAUCGGAUUCGCAACCGUUUCCAAUUUUCUCAUGUUACUUCUGGUCCAAGCACCGAACAUAGCUCAUGCCACUCGUGGUAAACAGCUGGUAGACUCAUGGCUGCAGGUCCUAAGGUGCCAGAGCCAGAGUUUUCCACUGGUGAAACUUGGGCUGGCUCGGCUUGAUGCAUUGCAUUGGGCCGGACUCUCAAGCACAUUCGUUCUUCCUGCCCAUGUACACGAAGCAACCACUAACCAAACGACAACAGCCUCGUAG